UUCAUUUGGAAAAUAAUACGAAACGUGACUGCUACACGUACACAAUAUGUUUUCGAACUCAACGAGAAAUGAAGAGCUUCGUGGAAACUCCAACUCAGAGAGUUUUACUUCUAAACUUUCACCAGCUGCUGAUAUUGUGGUUGGAUUGGUUAUAAUGUCAAUUGUGAUACUGUCCGUACUCGGCAAUGGAGUGGUGUUGGUAAUCUGUUUUCGCCGCAGAGGGAAGAUGGUUGGUUCAGAGCUGCUCUGUGUCAAUUUGGCAGUGGUUGACUUUCUUGGCUGUAUCUGCUUCUACCCGCUGUCAAUCUUGUCAUCUUUUAGCCACGUAUGGCUGGGAAGUCAUGCCACCUGUGUGUAUUAUGGCCUAGGCUGCUUCAUCUUUGGCCUGUGUGGCAUGUUCACCAUAGCUGCCAUCAGUGUCAUCCGUUACAUCAAGACUUUUUAUGCUACAUGGCUAGAGGGAGCCAACAUCCAUCUGGUGUGUGUAGCUACAUGGAUAAUUGCUGCUGUUUGGUCCUCCUUCCCGCUGUUUGGCUGGGGCGAGUAUGUGCCUGAACCAUAUGGCAUCUCCUGCACUGUGGCCUGGCGUCGUUACCACACAUCCAUGACAGAUGCUGUUUAUGUGAUCUGCUCCUUCGCCUGCUUCGUGCUAAUUCCAGUCUUGCUUAUCGUGGUGUCACAGUGCAAAAUCUUGCUGAAGAUCUAUCGAUUUUCUCGCACCCUUUCCACUAAGGGCAUCCACAUCAACCUCCGCCGUGCAGAGAAACACCUGUCUGUGAUGUUUUUCUGCAUAAGCUUGGGCUUUGUCCUUGCCUGGGCUCCCUACACCAUUGUUUCCUUCCUGUUUAUCUUCCACAAAGACGCUUGGUAUAUGGCACCAGAAGCAUUCGUCUUUCCUGCGCUUUUUGCUAAAAGCUCCCAUAUCUACAACCCCUUUAUUUACUUUUACUUCAACAAAGCUUUUCGACAGGAGCUGCGAAGCCUUCUAUUCUCUAUGUUUCCUGGACUUGCCCACAACCGUGUUGGAGUGUACACAGGCAAUGGUGUUCAUCCCAUGCAGAUCCAACUACAGGAGCAGGUUGUGGCAAAUGUUGGAAGAGGUCCUAUCCUACAUGAAGGCAAGAGUGAAAAAAACACAGGUCUAUAUAGUCACAUGGUCUGCUGGGUCUCCAACAUACAGCUGACACAAACCAAUGGUGAGCAGAGGGUUGAUUGUCAGUUCUUACCAACCUCAACCUAAGAUUUAAAGUGUUUAAUUUCUCUGAACCUUUAUAUUUUGCAAUACACAGCUUAUUGUGCAUUGAGUGUCUGAGUUAUCUUAAAAACGGUAAUUUUAAGACCACAAAAGACCUUUAAAUUCUAAUGAAUGUGAUUGCCAAAGUAUGAUCCUGCCACAUGUAUACAUUACAUACUGUAUUUUAUUGCUGUUUAUGUAUUGUUUGA